AUGAGUCGCAAUUUCUUCCCUGCCCUUUUUGCUAUUGGCGUGGGUGUCUUCACAGGCUACUAUACCUUCCAACCGACAUUCCAGCAACUUCAAUAUCAGAAAGAGCAGGCUCAGAAGACCUCACCUCGGUCUGAUCGUGCUGCUCUGAAGCAGGACACCAAUGUUCCCACCAAAGACGACUUCCAGCAAGACCCCAAGUCGACAACUCAAUGA